CUCAUUACCAUGGGAGGGAAGGCAGUUUCUCUCCACCUCCCUUCCUUCCUCCCUCGGCUUCUUCCUUAGUAGCUCCUCUCCUCCAGGGCCAGACUGAGCCCGGGCUGAUCUCAGGCAGACAAGGACAGACCCCACGGCAGCUCCAGGAGCCCAGAUACCAGCAGCCAGAGAGAAGGCCCAGAAGCUUCCUGUAGCCAUGCCGGCCGUCAUCCUGUUCAUUCUGGGCCUGUUCACAGCAGUGCCACCUGCCAGCUGUCAACAAGGCCUGGGAAGCCUGCAGCCCUGGAUGCAAGGCCUAAUCGCUGUGGCUGUGUUCCUGGUCCUGGUCGCAAUUGCCUUUGCUGUCAACCGCUUCUGGUGCCAGGAAGAGCCGGAGCCUGUGAACAUGGUCAUGACCGUUGGAAACAAGGCAGAUGGAAUCCUGGUAGGAACAGACGGAAGGUACUCCUCGAUGGCGGCCAGCUUCAGGUCCAACGAGCAUGAGAAUGCCUAUGAGAAUGUCCCCGAGGAGGAAGGCAGGGUCCGGAGCACCCCAAUGUGACCCCAGCUUGCCUGUGGGCCCCAGCUCUGAACCCAUGUGCCUGUGAUGGAUGCUUAACUCACCACCCAAGCCUCUCCGUCUCUGUGUAGGAAUCUACAGUAAGCGGCCGACUCUUCCAACCCCACACCACCCACCUUCCCUGGAAUGGUCACCAGCCAAAGUCAGAGCUCAGGCUGUGCUGGGGAAGCUAUGACUUCCUGGGAGGUCUCCCACCCAAUUCAAUUCAGAAGACCCUUUCAAGAGGACAGUUGGCUCAUCACCUCCUCCCUACCUUACAUUAUCUCCCUCUGACCGUGCAAAUGGCUCUUAUUUCUGUGAAAUAAAGAUGUUUCGAAUUCCCAGG